UGUUCUUUGCUUUGGAAUUUCUUCCGUCGGGGGAAUGUUGUUGUUGUUCCCGCCGGAUUGCUCGUCAUCCCGGAGGAAAAAGCCAUCCCAAGCCGGCCGCGCAAAAAAAGAAGAAGCGGGAUCGCGCGUCGCUUGAGCUGAAUAAUCCGCCCUUCUGAUAGCGCUGCGUGACAACACACACACACACACCCCUCCAUCCUGCUGCCCCCCCCCUCCUCCCCCUCCCCCCGCCGCCACCGCUUCUGCACUCUGAAUUGUUGCUUUUGUGCAUGGGGACGAGCGGCGGAAUCAACUGUCAAAAGGGUUGAAACAAGAGGAAAUCCAAAGCGAGGCAGGGCAGGGGCAAAAGUCCGCCGGGAGAGAGAAUCGCGCUGCGGCGGGACCCCCCCCCGGGGGCAAAGAGCUGCUCAGGAUCAUCCCGCAUCCGGGAAUCGGAUCUUUUCCUGCGCACGCACGCCAGGACAUGGUGAGGCGUACGUGUGCAUGCUAAGUAGGAAUUGGGUUUGGAAUUUUUUUUUUUUUUUUCUUGCUGCAGCGCCGCACUCUCGCGCGCGGAUACGGAGCCUUCUUUCCUUCCUUCCUUCUUUCCUUCCCCCCCCCCCCGUCUCGUCCGCUUCCUUCCCGUCCGCCCCAAGUUAGGAGUCGCUCGCAAAUCGAAGGCAGACUCAUGGUCCGAUGGUCUUGUUGAUGUUCCUUUUGUCCUCGGCGUGGAUUAUCAGCGCCUGGCGUCGUCUCCACUUCGCUCCGGAACGUUUGCGACACAUGCCGAGCGCAGGAUUUAACCCCCGAUGAGCCGCGAAGAAGGGCCCGGAAGGAUGAGCCAGCGUUCCGGGGCCGGCGGGACGGGCGCGGUGAUCCUGGAGGAACCGGAGCCGGCGGGGACCUCGGGUAGCUCCGUGGCCCGCGCCGACGGCCCGGCGGCCCGAGACCGGGGCCCUUUGGGGUGCGCCCUGUGGUGGCCCCGCCAGCAGACGUGGCUCUGCAUGGUCCCGCUCCUCAUCGGAUUCAUCGGCUUGGGUUUGAGUCUGAUGCUCCUCAAGUGGAUCGUGGUGGGCACCGUGCGGGAUUACGUCCCGACGGAUCUGGUGGACGCCAACCGGAUCGGACAGGACCCCAUUUUCCUCUCCAAGCCCAGCGGGCUUCCCAAAGGACCCGAGACCACUACGACCGCCACGACGACCGGCGCCACGAUCGCCGCCACCCCGACGGUGGACCACGCGCUAAAAAGCGUAACCGUUGGGAGGGGUAGAACUCGAUCUACCGCGACCACCGCCGCCGGGGCUAACCCCAGAACGGGCGUGGCCUCGGGCGGCCCGGCCCCCCCUCGGAAACACGCCAAUCGGAACGGACGCCUUCCUGUGGCUUUUACCGCGCCGCCUCGCACCAACCUGAGAACGUCCACCCCGUCCGCGUCUAAUCCCACCGUGCUCCACGACUCCACGCAGAUGUGGACUUCGGAACAUACCACCGCAGGGGGGGGCCCCACCACCACCACCACCACCGUCGCCCACAGGCGUGGACACCACAAAACGCCGUCUCCUACGAUGCCGCCUUUGCACUCGGAGCAUUUCAAGCCGUGUCACGACAAGGACUUGGCCUACUGCCUCAACGGCGGCGAAUGCUUCGUCAUCGAGACCCUCAGCGGACCUCACAAGCACUGCAAGUGUCGAGAAGGCUACCAGGGCAUCCGUUGCGAUCAGUUCCUGCCCAAGACCGACUCCAUCUUGUCCGAUCCAAACCACCUGGGCAUCGAGUUCAUGGAGAGCAAAGAAGUGUACCAGAGACAGCUGCUGUCCAUCACGUCCAUCGCUAUGGCAAUCGGCCUCCUGGGAGUGCUCUGUGUCGUUCUCUACUGCCGAAACAAGCGGCGGCGAGAGAAGCUUCAAGCUCACCUGAAGGAAAGUCGAAGUGUGAAAAACUACACCACAAACGUCAACAGCGUCCUGGACUCCAAGACCAGAAAUGGCAAAGCCGACAUCAGAAUGCAGCAGCAGUAUUGCAAACGUCCUCCUGCAUGUCGUCACAGUGACAUGUGUGAGCCGCCGUCCAGAAGCACUCAGAAGCUCACCACGGAGCAGAGGAGUGUUAACUGGUCGGCCGCCAGCGUUCCCAGAGGACGCCCCAAGGCUUUCCAUCCGUCCUAUCAUCACCUCCGAGAGGCGGAGCUUACCGAGAGGGAGGUUGAAGCGCCACGCAGUUGCAUCCAUCAGGAGGAGCCUCGCCGGCCCGAGCCCAGACCCGAAGACCCGGUCAAUAUGCAAUUUGCCCUCAACACGCGCUCGCAAGCUGACGGCGGCCCCCCCACCCGCCGCUCGGCCUCCGUCCCCAUGGUCCCGUCCGUGCGGGGUCGCCACGACGACGAGGUUUCCUGUAUGCAAACCGCAAUGAUGUCAUCAAACGCCGCCGCGCCCCGCCAGGAAGGCGCCGGCGAUGGCGCCGCGGGGCCGCGGGGGCGAGAGGACGGGGAGCGGCAAGCGGCGCGGCUGCUGCUGCUGCGCGAGGCGAGCGAGAACCUCCGGGCCUCGGCGCGCGGGCGGCAGGAGGAGGGCGCCGCCCCAGUGGCCAUUCGGGCGAGAGAAACUGUUUGUCUCCUCAACUUUCACGUGGGCGGAGCCUCCAAGGCCACGCACACUCAAUUACUGAGAGAGCCGGACCAAUGAACAAAGGCGACAAAAGACGCUCUCGUUGGAUAAAAGAAAAAAAUCAUCGCGCCGUUCUGGAUGCACACAAAAUGGCUGCCGAGAAGAAGGGG